UUCCAUUUAAACGAACGUGCUUGCUAGAAUCUUCUACGUGGCGGUAAUGCACUGUUAAGCUGGAUGCUAACCGCCGUAAAACUAGAUACAGACAGAAUCUUCUAUUAGUGUGCGUCAUGGCUGGUGGUGGUGCUUGGACUAUUACCCUCAACACUGGAGCUCACAUGCCCGUUGUUGGGCUGGGGACCUGGAAAUCUGAACUAGGUAAAGUGACAGCAGCAGUGAAAACGGCCAUUGAAGCUGGUUAUCGUCACAUUGAUGAUGCAUUUGUGUAUGACAAUGAAAAAGGAGUUGGUGAAGCUAUUCAGGCGAAGAUCAAGGAUGGAACUGUAAAGCGUGAAGAUCUUUUCAUUGUUAGCAAGCUGUGGUGUACAUUUCAUGCCAAAGACCUGGUGAAGGAUGCCUGUUCUAACACAUUAAGUGACCUGAAAUUGGACUAUCUGGAUCUGUACCUUAUUCAUUGGCCUAUGGGAUUCAAGGCUGGCCUGGAGAAAUUUCCUCUUGAUGGGAAUGGGAUGGUAAUACCAAGUGACACAGAUUUUGUUGACACUUGGGAAGCAAUGGAAGAAUUGGUGGAUCUAAAUAUGGUUAAAGCUAUAGGGGUGUCCAAUUUUAAUCGUAAGCAGAUAGAGCGCAUCCUUAAUAAAAAAAAUUUGAAAUACAGACCGGCUGUCAACCAGAUUGAGUGCCACCCUUAUCUAACUCAAGAAGAUCUGAUCUCCUAUUGCACUUCUAACAAUAUUGUUGUGACAGCCUAUAGUCCAUUGGGAUCUCCAGACAGACCAUGGGUAAAGCCAAAUGAACCUAAUCUCCUUGAGGAUCCCAAGCUACAGGAAAUAGCACAGCGCCAUAGGAAGUCAGUUGCACAAGUUUUGAUCCGGUUCCAGAUUCAAAGAAGGCUGGUUGUAAUUCCAAAGUCUGUCACUCCAGAGCGAAUUAAGAAAAACUUGCAGGUGUUUGAUUUUCAGUUGAGUGAUGAGGAAAUGAAGAGUAUUCUUUCAUUCAACAGGAAUUGGCGAUGCUGUCCAUUGGAAUGGUGUGUUAACCACAAGGACUAUCCUUUUUGAGAUUAUGAACUAACUGCUUCAAAUGGAACAAGCUAUCUGAAAAUUAAUAGCUCUCCUAUCUGUAGACCUGGAACAGCAGAAUUAAUUUGAUAUUUUGAAGAGUAAGUUCUUUAACUACGGUGAUGUGCUUUAGCAGUGUAACUUUCUGAUUGCAUCAAUGAUAUGAAUAAACAUUCACAAGAAUUUUC